AUGUGGAAUCAACCAAAUUGCUUGAUUAUCUGUGGAUGUUUUCUCUAUUCUGCAUCAUAUCUUUUCUUGGGUCCAGCACCAUUUUUGAAUAUACCAUUAAAAUUGUGGAGUUUUUCUGUCAGUUUAGGAUUUGGAGGUUUAUUUGUUGGCUGCAUGCUUAUCCCCAUUUUCAGUGCCAUGAUGCAAAUUGCCUUGCAAUCAGGAUUACCAGAAGACAUUAACACUUUUGGUUUGGUCUCUGGUUUAUUCAACUCUUGUUUUUCUUUUGGAGCUUUCCUGGGUCCAACAGCUGGAUCUGCAAUUAAGGAGAAAAUUGGUUUUGCAUGGUCAUGCUUUGUAAUUGCAGCUUUUAUGUCUACAUCUGGUGCUGUACUUGUUGUUUAUAAAUCCAUUCAAACUUAUCUCUCAAGAGCAUCAGUCAGAUUUACAGACAUUUCAGAUAACCCAAAACAACAUGAGGUGAAACGAUUAUCCCCUUAA